AUUUUCAUAUUUAACAGAGAACUCCGAUGAUUUAUUCCAGUUUUGGUCUGGCAUUUUUUUUGUUAACUCGGAGGUCCUUCCUGUACACAUUUUGAAACCGUCGCGGUGCGGGCAUCCAGGGAGCAGAGCAGGAGCUGAAGCAUGGAGGCGGUUCUGACCAGGCUGAGGGGGCUAAGUUCCGACGAGCUUCGCGAGGAGUUCACCAGAGCCGACCUCAAGUGUGGUCCGAUCACGGCCACCACCCGGGCCAUCUUCGAGAGGAAGCUGGCGCGAGUCCUAGCCGGGGCAGAGGGCAGCGUCGUCGAGACGGACAGCAACGCCGCAGCGGAUGCCGACAGUGCGGACCAGGCCAAACCCGUGCCAGCAUCGUCACGUGCCACAUCCGCAGCCGGCGGCCCUCCGCUCCAGGCCCCCGGCGAGGACAUGGACUUUGGCUACGGCAUUGGACUGAACCCCCCGGAGGAGGAGGAGCUCUCCGUCAAGUCAGGGACCCCUUGGAGCAUCAGCGCGGCGGGCGGCAGAUCCCAGUCUAAAACGGACACUCCUUCUAAGACCGCGCCGGUGUCCCCGACGUUCUACUACGGAGUCUGUCCGCUGUGGGAAGACGUGCUGGCUAGAAAUGAGAGGGCUCACGUCUAUUCAGACAAGAAGGAGGCUCUUCAGGCGGUGAAGACGAUGAAAGGAGCUCGAUUCAAAGCCUUUGCCAACCGGGAAGACGCGGAGAAGUUUGCCAGAGGGGUCUGUGACUACUACCCCUCCCCCAGCAAGUCCACCCCCUGCGUCUCCCCGGUGAAGCCAGGCCUGGCUCUGUGCAAGGACAACCUUCCAGUCAUGGAGGUGGACGCCAUCAACCGAGAGCGAGCCAACAGCUUCAAGAGCCCUCGCACGCAGGACCUGACGGCCAAGCUGCGGAAGGCCGUAGAGAAGGGCGACGAGGUGGCCUUCGCCGAGCUGGUCUGGAGCAACCCGCGCUAUCUCAUCGGCUCGGGGGACAACCCUACCGUCGUGCAGGAGGGCUGCAGGUACAACGUCAUGCACGUGGCGGCCAAGGAGAACCAGCCCGGCGUAGCCCAGCUCCUGCUGGACAUCCUGGAGAACCCGGACUUCAUGCGCCUCAUGUACCCAGACGACCUGGAGGCCAUGCUGCAGAAACGCAUCCGCUACAUCAUAGACCUGUACCUCAACACGCCAGACAAGGCGGGAUUCGAGACGCCGCUUCACUUUGCUUGUAAAUUCGGUUGCCCUGAAGUGGUGAAUGUCCUGUGCUCCCACCCCGACACAGAUAAACAUUGCAAGAACAAGUACGACCAGAAGCCAUUUGAUGUGAUUUGUGAAAGAAAAAACAAAACCCAGGAAGCCAAGCAGAAGAUCUGUGACUAUUUGGAAGACCGCUGUUAUAUACCCUUGCUGAGGGCUACGGACAACUCCUCUCAGCCUGUGAUUGGUGCUUCCUGGUCACCUGAGCCUUCAGAGAGCCUUCCUCAUUCGCUGGUUUCCCAGUUCGCGAGGAGUCCAAUCGACCCCAUCAUGGCAGUCAGGGCAUUCGCAGGCCCUCUGAGCCCCUCGAAGGCUGAUGAGUUCCGCAGGGUGUGGAAGACUCCUCCCAGGGACAGGGCGGGGCAUUUUAAAAAUAUCCUCAAGUCGGACCCUGACCGCGGGGCAGAGAGAGUGGGCAGAGACUUGGCCAGGGAGAUGGGCCACCCUUGGGCAGAGUACUGGGACUUCCUGGACAGCUUCGUGGACCUGUCGUCCGCGGACGGCCUGCGCAAGCUGGAGGACUUCCUCGGCAAGAAGGACUUCAGCGAGCGCGCUCACGAGGAGGCCGGGGAGAACGAGACAACCAACCGGUUUAGGACCCCGUCCCCAGGCAAGCCCAAGAAGUUCUGCAACUCCAUCUCGGUGGGCGCCUUCCUGGACGAGGGCGACGACAUCAGCCUGGAGGAGAUGAAGAACCGGCAGAACGCCGCCCUGACCAGCAUCACCUCGUCCGCCGGCGCCAAGGACGGCCUGAAGGGCGGCGGCCGCGAGUUCCACAUCCUGCCCGUGUCGCACCACCUCCAUCACCGCGGCGCCGACCUCAUCGAGACGGCUGCGGAGCGCGACCUGCUGUGCUCGGACGCCAGCCUCCUGUCGGCGGCGGUGGCGGCGGUCUGCAAGAACGGCCCGUGCCCCUCCCCCCCCGACAGGACUCACAACGGGGACAAGGGGGCUUCUCCCCGCUGCGCCGCCGCCACCUCCUCGCCCUCCUCCGCCUGCCUGCUGUCGCCCAUCUCCAACCUGAUGGUGGAGUUUGAGAGGAUGUCCCUGCAGGACGGUGUGGACGGGCCCUGCGGCCGGCAGAGGCGUAGGAGCGGGGGCCAGAGGGGCCCCCGCGAGCCCAGGGACUCCCUCGCCCCGGCCCAGAUCGCUUUCGGCGUGGGCCGGCUGUCGCUGGAGCCCUCCGAUCAGGACGCGGCGUCGGAGCGGGCGAGCGCCGAGCCUUCGGCGGGGGAGGCGGGGUGGAGGUCGGGGGAGGACAGGUGUGGGAGCGGGAGCUCCGAGGAGUACCUCACGGCGGAGGAGAGUCUGGAGGCCGCCGGCAUGAGGACUAGCGGGGGGGGGCGCGGCGCGGCGGCCGGAGGGCGUUCGCUCUGCGCCCGGUCCAAGUCCUGGGACCACGGGGGGAGAGACGUGAGCGGCUCGGGGUCGUCCGGCUCCUACAAGUCCCUGGACGACUCCCACGAGUACCUCGUCCGAACCCCGCCCCGGAUCAGGAAAGGACUCUUCAUCGAAGGGGAUUCGCCAACCAAGUUGGACAGGGAAGUCUUGUCAGCGAUAGAAGCCGUAGACUUGGAUGGCCAGAAAUACCCGACCAUUCACAAAUGGAAGAGCACUAUGCAGACAUUCUCCUCAUCCCAGAUGCAAAGCUGGCCCAGCCCUGCUGUGGUGAAGAACCAGAGAGGCAGGAUGCAGGCCCCCCCCCACCCUCCAGGCUCCCCAGUCAGCAGCCUGUUCUCUCCGGGGGGGCUCCUCAGCCCAGCCAGGCACCCUGGCUCCCCAGACCUCCCCAGCCCCAGCCGCUACAACCCUGCACACGCCAGCUUCAUCCAGCGCCUCCGCUUCAAGCACUUCAACGACCCCCCCAUUUAGCCCCCCCCCCCCCCCCAAAGCCAA